UAAAUGUGGAAAUUUGAAGCUUUGGUCUUUGGCUACAGUACAGCACAGUGAGAAUUUUCGAGGUUGAAUGAACCUAUUGGUUCAGCUUCUUCACCAAAAUCGUCGAUGUUGAGUAAGAACACGAUUAGGAAUGCUUCGGCGUCGCUCAAAUUUUUUCCUCUUCAUUUUUAUGGCUUCUCUUCACACUUUUUCAGCACUUCAACGAACACAAAGCACAUUGCCAUAGCUCCAAGAGCUCUUGCAAGGAGACCCACUUCGCGAACUGCCCCAAUCCCUCGGGCUUCGGACACCCUCGGCUCUUCCGAUGUCGUCAAUUCAGUAUGUUCUUUACUUUCAAACAAAAAUCACCAAACACCUAAUCUCGAUCUUGAUCAUUUAUUGAAAAGGUUCAAAGACACCUUAAGUUCGGAUCUCGUACUUCAAAUUCUGAUGAAUUAUAGGCUGUUGGGUCGGGCUAAAACGCUAGAAUUCUUCUCUUGGUCUGGAUUGCAAAUGGGGUAUCGGUUUGAUGAGACUGUGGUUGAGUACAUGGCUGAUUUCUUAGGUAGGAGGAAAUUGUUUGAUGAUAUGAAGUGUCUUUUGGUGACUGUGUCGUCUCAUAAGGGUCGGCUUUCUUGUCGAACCUUUUCAAUUUGUAUCAGAUUUUUGGGUAGGCAGGGGAGGGUUAGAGAAGCACUUUGCUUGUUCGAAGAAAUGGAACCAAAAUUUGGGUGUAAACCUGAUAAUCUGGUCUUUAACAACAUGCUUUAUGCACUUUGUAAGAAGGAACCAACUGGGGAAUUGAUUGAUACUGCUCUAUCCAUUUUCAGAAGAAUUGAAUUGCCCGAUAAAUAUUCAUACAGUAAUGUUAUUAUUGGACUGUGUAAAUUUGGUAGGUUUGGUACAGCUAUUGAAGUGUUUGAUGAAAUGAAUAGGGCAGGCUUGGUACCUACACGAUCUGCUGUGAACAUUCUCAUUGGGGAUUUGUGUUCGUUGAGUGCCAAAGAAGGGGCUGUAGAACAAGUUAGGGUCAGAAGUACUCGUAGACCUUUUACCGUUCUAGUUCCAAAUGUGAAUCCAAAGAGCGGAGCCAUUGAACCUGCAGUUGGAAUAUUUUGGGCAGCUAAUAAGCUGGCUUUAGUUCCCAGUGCUUUUGUAAUAGUUCAGCUCAUCUCAGAGCUUUGUCGAUUAGGUCAAAUGCAAGAAGCAAUUAAAGUAUUGAAGGUUGUUGAGGGUGAUAAGCUAAGAUGUGCUGAAGAGUGUUAUUCUGUUGUGAUGCGAGCAUUGUGUGAACAUCGUCACGUAGAAGAAGCUAGUGAUCUGUUUGGGAGGAUACUUUCUCAGGGCAUGAAGCCAAAGUUGGCUAUUUACAAUUCUAUUAUUUGCAUGCUAUGCAAAAUAGGAAAUUUGAAUGAUGCUGAAAGGGUCUUCAAGAUUAUGAACAGGAAAAGAUGUGCACCUGAUCAUGUUACUUAUUCGUCGUUAAUCCAUGCCUACGGUGAAACUAGGAAUUGGUCGGCAGCCUACAGUUUAUUGAAGGAAAUGCUGAGUUUAGGCAUGUCUCCUCAUUUUCAUUUGUAUAGUUUAGUGGAUAAACUUAUGAGGGAACAUGGCCAAAUUGAUCUGUGCUUGAAGCUGGAAAUGAAAUGGGAAGCCCAAAUUUUGCAGAAGCUUUGUAAACACGGACAACUGGACGCUGCGUAUGAAAAGAUGAAGUCAAUGCUUGAAAAGGGUUUUUAUCCUCCUAUCUAUGUUAGAGAUUCAUUUGAGAGUGCAUUUCAAAAGAAGGGUAAGUUCAAGAUUGCACGGGAGUUGCUGCAGAAGAUAGACGGAGUUCACCAACAUGAGUCAGGAACCAGAAAUUCAUCAUAAGGAAAUUCUCUCCUUCCAUUCUCGAAGAAAUUCUUGAGCUUCUCUUGAAGGGCCCUUCCAGUGAAAGUUUGCCCAGCCAACCAAGAUCUGCAUUCAAUUCUAAAAUGUUGUACUUGAAGCACUUGUACUAGCUUUGAGGAGGCUCGUGUUGAAUACACCCCAAGAAAGUAGCAAUGGCGACAAAGAGAGCAAGAAGGCAAAGAAUUCCAAGUAGUUCUAUAUUUUCAUGAAAAUGAAGGACAAAUAAGAAAGGAAAAGGUAAGGGUAGUGGCUGAGUUUAGGUCUCUUGGAAAGGAAAAACUUAUACAAAAGUUGACCUUCAACCAUCAGAUCAACAAGAAUUACAUCAAAGCUUGGUCCUCAGUCAGGUAUGUGAUCAGUUUUAAUCUUUAUUUAAAAACUCUCUUUGACUUGAAUGUUGUAACUAUUCCCCAGCAUCCUGAUAGCAAAAAUGUUGUCAUAGGAAAGAUUGCAGAAUCUGGAAGCUUGAUAGUAGUGGAUGUUUUACUGUGAACUUUUUCUUCUCUUGUCUUACACCACUGCCUGCACCGACACGGUGCUUUACCCCUAGAUGUGCAGUCAAUGUGAUUCAGGUCCUCCUAGCUUUUCCUUUGUAAAUAUCUUUUGGAGUCUUUAAGAUCUCGAAGAAGUGCAAAGUCUCCAAUUGUUACUGUUUUUGUUGGGGCAGUUUGGGAAAUGGCCGACGCACCUCUUCAGCGUUAUGCAUAUGCAGUGGCCUUGUGGUUCAAGAUUUUAGAGAUUUUCAUCCCUCAGUGGGCUUGUCCUAAAUAUUUUUUUGACGAUAUGGCAAUCAAAGUUCACUGGUCCAAUAUUUAAAAAGUGAAAGGUUUUAUGAUCACAUACUAUUUGGAUUGGAAAGCACAAAAAAGAACUUUUCAAGACAAAGAGGAGCGAGGGAAAAACGACCUUACUUGAACAAAUAUGUUUGAUAGGUUGUACAAUUGUGUCCUUGAGUUCUAAGAAGAUUAGAUGAAAAAAAAAUUCAGAUGUUGUUGACAUCUUCAUGGUAUAUUAAUUCUAUCCAUCCUGUUUCUCUUGUUUUUGAGCAAGUUUACGAAUAUUUUAGCUCAUUUUAUGAGACUAUUCAUAUGAUAUUGAAAGAUUUCCGUGA